CCAAAUCUGUAUCCAAUCAGAUUUGACAGAGCGCUAUUUGAAAGCCGCCUGUCUCAACGUUGUUAUUUACCUGCAGAAAUCGGUGUUCACAGAGCUUGUUGGUAAAUCUUGCUGGUUGGUGCUAAAAUAAGUCUUUUUUAACUCCCAGUUUAGUGUCGUUGCUGCCGGAAUUAAUCAUGUCGUCUGUGGAAGUUCGUGCUGCGCAGCUCCCAGCCGCAGUGAACCCCGUGAAGAUGGGCAAAAAAGCCACAGCAGGUCCGAGGAGAGCAGCUCUCGGGGAGCUUACCAACUUUCCCGGAGCAGCAGUCAAAACAAAGAGGACUGGACCAACCAAAUCGACUGAAUCAGUCAAACCAUCCCAAAACGCCAAACCCAUGGUGCCUCCAGUAGUCCCGGUCCCAGCGCCUGCAGAUCCUCUCCCCCCAGUUUCAGAGGAGUUGGCGGCUGAUGUAUCCAUGAAGGAGGAGGAAGAACUGUGCCAGGCUUUCUCCGAGGCGCUGCUCACAGUGCAGGAUGUCGACGAGCAGGACUCAGACCUGCCACAGCUCUGCUCAGAAUAUGUCAAAGAUAUCUAUAAUUAUCUACACGUCCUAGAGGUGCAGCAGGCCGUACGAGCUAACUACAUGCAGGGUUAUGAAAUCACCGAACGCAUGCGAGCGCUUCUGAUCGACUGGCUGGUCCAGGUUCACUCCCGGUUCCAGCUGCUGCAGGAGACUCUGUACCUCACAGUAGCUGUCCUGGAUCGUUUUCUCCAGGUCCAGCCGGUCUCUCGCAGAAAGCUGCAGCUUGUUGGUGUGACGGCCAUGCUGGUGGCCUGUAAAUACGAGGAGAUGUACGCUCCCGAGGUGGGAGACUUUGCCUACAUCACAGACAACGCCUUUACAAAGGCUCAGAUUCUGGAGAUGGAGCAGCUGGUUUUGAGGACCCUCAACUUUGAGCUGGGACGUCCUCUCCCUUUACACUUCCUCAGACGGGCCUCCAAGGUGGCUAAUUCUGAUGUAGAGAGACACACGCUGGCCAAGUACCUGAUGGAGCUGACCCUCGUCGACUACAGCAUGGUGCACUACCGGCCGUCUGAGAUCGCGGCUGCAGCACUCAGUCUCUCCCAGCUGCUGCUUGAAGAGCUGCCCUGGUCUCCUACACAGCAGCACUACUCCACUUACGACGCGGCCCACCUGAAGCCCAUCAUGCAGCACAUCGCCAAAAACGUUGUGACAGUAAAUGAGGGGAAGACAAAGUUCCAGGCUGUGAGGAACAAGUACUCAAGCAGCAAAUUGAUGAAGAUCAGCCUCAUUCCUCAGCUGAAGUCGGCCACCAUCGUGACCUUGGCGGCUCCUCUGCUCAACAAUCCCUGAGGCGAACCUUUUUUACAUUUGUCAGUGGACAUUUCACAUGCACUUUAUGAUGGAUCAAUCUGUCAACUUUAUUAAAAUGUUUUUAAAUUUUUCAUC